GAGCUGAAGGCAUUUCCCUUGGCUCCUUUCGCAUCCAUGGAUGCCUCCGCCCAUGGCGAGCUCCCGGCGUCGCUGGGGCGGCUGCUCACAUUGGAGGGGGCCAGCUGUCACCGCGAUGGGCGCCUGCGACGCACGGACUACCACCCCCUGCGUGAGUUCUUCAGCUCCCGGGAACCUGGGCAGCUGAAGCGCGUGCAGGGCCGCGUCGAGCUGAGGCAUUGGCGAAAGAAUGGAGAUGAAGGCUGGACGGUGCAGCGGCGGCGCACGGUCCAGCGCUUCAGCGCGAAGCUGUGGACGCCUUCGCUGGCCCAGGAGCUGGCGAGGCUGCAGCUGGCGCUCUGGGCGCCGGCUGCUGCCCACAAGGUCGCAGUCGCAGCCGUCAGCCCGAAACGCCCGUCAGCGAAGCAGACGGUGCUGCAGCAGUUUGAUCCCCUUUUCCGAGUUUGGCUUUGCCCCUGCGACGGGGAGCCGCUGAACGUCUCUCCUUUCGAUCUUGGUGCUCUUGCCUGUGCCAGUAAGAGCUUCAGCUUUCUUCGGGAAAACUCCGUGAUCCAGCGAGCCGUGGAGGCAUUCAAAGGCCGAUGUAGCGAUAUCGACCUGGAGCAAGCGGCAACUGAGAAGGACCUCGACGUGCUGCGGUUUCGGCUCUACUCCGCCAGCGCAGGGGAACUGAGCAGAAUCCUGCAGAAGAUCAUUUGGAGCGGGAGCCGGGGAAACAGCUCGGAGCUGGUGCGGUGGUUGCUCUUCCUGGGACCUUCGACCGGUGGACUGGACGCCGAGCUGUUGGCCUCGGUGCUUUCGCUGUGCAUCCGGAAGCACGACGUGGCGGGGGAUGAGAGCGUGGAGAUCUUGCGGCUGCUGUGCAGCUCCGGGCGCUGCGAUCUCAACACCCCGCUGUGGCAGGAGAAGGGCGCCGUGGCCAUGGCGCUGUGGCUACCCUUCAUCCGGAAGGGUUUCCUGCCGCUGGCUUGGGCCGUUUCCUUCCACACGGAGAUUCGCGACCAGCGAAAUUCCACGUUGGCCCAGCGGCUGUUGCUCAUCGCAAAGUUGCUGGUGGCCAAUGGGGCGAAAGUGGAACUGCUGCCCCGGCGCAAGCAACACAGCUUCCGUGCCAUGGUCGACGAAGGGCACCAGCGACGGCUGCGGCGGAAGAUCGAGGUCCCGCAGCCAAAGGAGUUCAAGGCAAAGCAGCUGAAACGCCCCGCCCCUCCGGAAGAUGCGCCAAGGAAGCGUCGCAGUCUGAGAGAAAUUCGGCAGUACUUGCAGCUGUCUUGAGAUAAUUUUCAUGACGGAGCUGGAAUGAUAGCACAUGUAACCAGCA